GUUUUCACACAAGCUGGUUAGCUGGUAGACAGAGUAGGCUGGACGUUAUUCAGACAGUGUACAUGUGUUGGCAUUGUAACGUAUCACUCUCGAUCUGAUGAGCUGAUGUACGAUCGGAAAGCUGCCAACUGCUAAGUGUCCCAUGAUCUAAUUCAAUACGAGCCGCGUGCGUUUUAACGAGUCACUCGAAUAAUUUAUUGAUAAUUGACAUGAGUCGUCCAAAUAAUUCCAACAUGGUAGUAUCUCGCAGAUGGUUUCACCCCAAUAUUACAGGUUUAGAAGCGGAACAUUUGUUAAUGGAACGAGGAGUUGACAGUUCAUUUUUAGCACGACCAAGUUCUUCAAAUCCUGGUGACUUUACAUUGUCUGUUAGACGGAACGGUGAAGUGACUCAUAUUAAAAUAAAAAAUGCAGGAGACUUCUAUGAUCUUUAUGGUGGUGAAAAAUUUGCUACUCUUUCUGAAUUGGUACAAUUUUACAUGGAAAAUGAUGGACAGUUACGCGAAAAAAAUGGUGAAAUUAUUGAGCUUAAACAUCCUCUCAAUUGUGCUGAUCCUACGACUGAAAGGUGGUUCCAUGGCCAUUUGUCAGCGAAAGAAGCAGAACGGUUAAUGCUGGAACGUGGGAAAAAUGGAUCUUUCUUGGUGCGUGAGUCUCAAAGUAAACCUGGUGAUUUUGUACUAUCAGUACGGACUGAUGAUCGUGUUACGCACGUUAUGAUACGAUCUCAGGAUAAUAAAUAUGAUGUAGGUGGUGGAUACAAGUUUGAUAGUCUUAGCGAUUUAAUAGAACACUAUAAACGAAAUCCAAUGGUUGAAACAAGCGGAAGCGUUGUUCAUCUUCGGCAACCAUUUAAUGCAACGCGUAUUAAUGCUAGUAGUAUCGAAAGCAGAGUUAGACAAUUACACAAAGAAAAUGGUUGUUCCAAUGGUUGGCUAUGUUGGAAUGGAACUAGUGGAAGCAAUGAGGAUGGAGCAGGUCGUGGAAAAGGAAAGGCUGGAUUUUGGGAAGAAUUCGAAUCGUUGCAACAGCAAGAAUGCCGGCAUAUGUUUUCAAGAAAGGAAGGUUUACGUUCAGAAAAUCGUGCCAAGAAUCGUUAUAAAAACAUUUUACCAUUUGAUCAUACUAGAGUACGAUUAAAAAACAUAGUAUCUGAUAUUCCUGGAGCUGAUUAUAUUAAUGCUAAUUACAUAAGGAACAAAGAAGGAGAUGAAACAAACACUACUGUUGAUAGUGGUGGUGAUGAUGCAUCUUUUGGCAAAUGUUACAUAGCUACGCAAGGUUGUCUUCCGAAUACCAUAGAAGAUUUUUGGCACAUGGUUUACCAGGAAAAUACUCGUGUGAUUGUUAUGACUACUAAGGAAAUAGAGAGGGGAAAGAACAAAUGUGCGCGUUAUUGGCCGGAAGAAGGAGAAAAUUCCGAAUAUGGUAACGAGUGGAAAGUGCGUGCUGUAUCUCGAACUUCAACUGCUGAUUAUACACUGCGUGAGUUUUUUUUGCAAGGAACCAAACCGGAGUUUUCCGAGUCCAGGAGAAUUUAUCAUUAUCAUUUUCAAGCAUGGCCUGAUCACGGUGUUCCAUCAGAUCCUGGUUGUGUACUGAACUUUUUACAUGAUGUAAAUGCCAGGCAAGAAUCAAUUGCGGCAUCUUUGGUUCCAAAAGAUCAGGAUGAACCAUGCAUAGGACCAAUUCUUGUUCAUUGUAGUGCUGGAAUUGGCCGGACUGGCACAUUUAUCGUUAUCGACAUGAUUUUAGAUCAAAUUAAACGCCAUGGAUUGGAUUGUGAAAUUGACAUUCAACGUACGGUACAGCGAGUACGUGCGCGAAGAUCAGGAAUGGUUCAAACAGAGGCGCAAUAUAAAUUUGUCUACCUUGCUGUUCUACAUUAUAUUGAGACUGUGUCUCAACGAAUGCAAGCAGAACAGAAAUCACUUCAGUUAGGUAGAGAAUACACCAACAUUCGUUACAAAAGCGAGACGAACGCUUCCACGACUGCUGUUGUGAGCGAAAUUUCUACUCCCACUUAUACGCCAACAAUCCCUCCAACAUCACCACUCAGUUAUGGUCUGAGGCCAAAGUAAUUCUUUUUAGGCUCCAUCGGUUUCGCAUAUAUUCGAGAAAGCAAAGAAGAGGCUUUGUUAUUCUUUUGCUCUCUCUUUCUCUUUCUAUCUUCUACUUCUCUAUUACUAUAAGUAAUAUUACAAGGAAAACGUAAUACACAAUAUAUUCUGAGAUUCGCAGAAAUGUAUUUCGCUAAGAGAUUGACUUUUGAAUUUUGCCUC